GUUGAACAAAUGAGCCAGCGUUCUACCUCUCAUGGCUGAGUUCCAGGAACCUUCCCCCCGCACCACCACCAAGGCUGUACUCCUCUCUAUCAUCUCCUAAUUUGGACCUCCCCAGCUGAAACCUCCUCAUUAUAUACCCCUUUUCUGCUCCACCACUUCCAUCUUUCGCACUUUGGAUAAGCAUCGUCAUAAUUAACUUCAGUUCUUUCUCAAACUCACCACAAUUUUCUCAGUUUCUCUGCUAGCAUCUUUCUCGAUUCUCUCACUCUCUUACAGGAUUCUUGUAAAGUUCGAUUGGUAAUGGAUACUCUUGUCGAACCAUUCCCGUUUUCUGGGAAUAUCUACGAUCUCAAUUAUCGCUCAAUGUCGGCUCAUCAUGAACAAAAUGAAGUGGAUGAAUACAAAUUCGAUCGUGGUUCUGAGGAUUUCUCUGAUGCUUCAAAUGGUUCGCCCCCGCCUGAUGCAUCUUCCCCCUCUGGCUCAGAUGGGAAUCCUCCUGUGCAGGGGGAUUCUAACGAUCCCAUGCUGAAGUUCAUAAACGAGAUGCUUAUGGAAGAGGAUGACUUGACUAAUAAGCCUUGCAUGUUUCAUGAUUGCUCAGCUCUCCUAGCUGCUGAGAAGUCCUUCUAUGAUGUCCUUACUGAACCCAAGCCCGGCCCUUCUUUUUUCUCUUGUUAUCAAAAUGCUGAAAGCCCAAAUGAUGAUUCCUCCCAAAGUUGUUAUAGUCAAAGUAGUGUAUGUAGUUCCUCUGAUGUUAAUCCUUCUGUUGAGUCCAAUUGGGUUGGCAAUCAAAUGGGGCUAGAAUCCGCUGUUAUUCAACCUUCUCAUGUCGACCUCGUCCCUCAGUCCAUUUUACUGUCAAAUCAGCAGUUAUUGAGCUCUACGAACGACUUCCUUGACGCUGCUCAUAGACUGGAUGAGUCUUGGAUGAGUCUAUUGCGGAUGUCUGAUUCGUCUAGCCAGAGACCCUUGGAUUUGAAAGCUUGGGGAAGUAAAGGAGAAGUAUAUGGUCUACUUCCUCAAGGCGAUAGUUUUUCCAACUCCACAUUCGAAUCACAGAACAAUACCUCAAAUGCUGCAGCAGUGGUGGAAAAAUCUGUGAGAUAUCAUUCUUCAAAUGGUCCAAGCUCGAAGAAGAAUCACGGGAGAGAUGAUAGUGAUGAUGCAGAAGAACAUAGAAGUAACAAACAGUUAGCAAGUUCUGCUGAUGAAUCUGUACCACUGGAGCGGUAUGACAACGUGCUGCUUUGUCCCAAUUUGAAUCCUCAUUUACAACCAGAACCUGUCUUUAGUUCAUCAGAAAAAGCUUUGAAAGAUGAAGCAAGGAAUAAGUUACAACAGACUGAACGAUCAAAGGCAUCCACCCGAGGAAGACCUCGUGGAGGUAAGAAACAAGGAACCAAAAGGGAAGUGGUGGAUCUGAGGGCUCUUCUGGUUCAGUGUGCCCAAGCAGUGGCUAAUUUUGACAUCCGGACCUCCAAUGAGCUGCUGGCUCGAAUUAGGCAGCACUCUUCUGCUCAUGGUGAUGGCAUGGAAAGGUUGGCCCAUUAUUUUGCUAUUGCUCUUGAAGCACGCUUGGCUGGGACUGGGACGACAUUGUAUACAGAUUAUAGGAAAAGAAGGAUUUCGGCUGCUGACAUUUUAAACGGAUACCAGAUGUUUGUUUCUGCUAUACCAUUCAAGAAGGUGUCAAAUAUUUUUGCAAACAAAAACAUUGGGAAACUAGCCGCUGGGGCAACAAGACUUCACAUUAUUGAUUUUGGCAUUCUGUAUGGUUUCCAGUGGCCCUGCCUUAUCCAGCGUCUCUCUGUAAGACCUGAAGGACCUCCAGCUCUUUGCAUUACAGGAAUAGAUCUACCCCAACCAGGUCUUCGUCCAGCAGAGAGGGUUGAGGAAACAGGGCUUCGCUUAGCAAGGUACUGUGAGAGAUUUGGUGUCCCUUUUGAGUUCCGUCCCAUAGCAAAGAAGUGGGACACCAUCAAACUUGAAGAUCUCAAGAUCAACGGAGAUGAGGUGCUUGUUGUGAAUUGUGUGGAGCGGCUUGCAAAUGUACCGGAUGAGACGGUAGUGGAGAACAGCCCGAGGGAUGCAGUUUUAAACUUGAUCAAGAGGAUUCGUCCUAAUAUGUUUAUCCAGAGUGUUAUAAACGGCACUUACAAUUCCCCUUUCUUUGUCACGCGAUUUCGAGAAGCCCUUUUUCACUUCUCAUCUGUGUUUGAUAUGUUUGAAGCUACUGUUCUGCGUGAGAAUCAGGACAGGGCCCUUUUUGAGCGAGAGAUUUAUGCAAGGGAUGCUUUGAAUGUGAUAGCUUGUGAAGGAACGGAAAGGGUUGAGAGGCCGGAGACGUAUAAGCAGUGGCAAGUAAGGAACCUAAGAGCAGGGUUCAGGCAGCUCCCACUUGAUCAGGAAAUUGUGAAGAUUAUUCGCGGCAAGGUCAAAUCGCAUUACCAUAGGGAUUUCUCAGUGGAUGAGGAUGGCAAGUGGAUGCUACAAGGAUGGAAAGGUCGAGUCUCUCAGGCUAUCUCCUGCUGGGAGCCCGUGGACGAGCAAUGAUAUCACAAUGGCCAAGUGAUUUUACAACUGAUGAGCCUUGGUGGUUCACGGUCAAGAACCUCCAAAACCUGAGCUCCCCAGUGAACCACUUUCUCAUUGCUGCGGGAUCUCAGGAGCAAUUCAGCAUUUUCUUGCACCACAUUUGAUGCAAACUAUUAUGUGUAUAUUAUGCAGUAGGGAUAGCUAUAAUCAUGUUUUGAACGGUUAGGACUUCAUGGUAGACACAUUUUCAAGCCUCAGCACAUAAUAAUUUUCAGGGCCUCUAUUCAUGCAGUUAUGUUAGCUGAGGCUGGAUCAUUCUCCUUUGUAAACUGACCGUAGGCUUUCAGCCAUGUAGAACAGUUAGAUAUCAUGAUGUGCACUUAGUGGAUUAUAUUGACGUAAUUGCUUGAUUAUUUCUUUUUAA